AUCACAUUCAUGGGAGGUGAUUUAGAUAGCCAAGAUCUCCGGAACAUCGUCCUCUGCAAGUCAAUUGAUUGUCAUCUCCUCCAUUGGCAAACAGUACCGUAGCACGGAGAGCUCAUCUGAGAGCACCAUGAUGCUCUCAGGUGCCAGAGCUUGACUCCAUCCCCGGCCUCCACUCUCCCCCAUAGUCUAACUACAUGUAAUCUCCCCCUUAGUCCACUCUGUGACCCAUACGUAGUAACCUCUUUCUUCAAUCAGUGACGAUGGUGGACCUACCAACAAAAAUGGCGUUUGACGGCCACCAGAGCGAUGGCGAGAGUACCAUCAACUCCCGACGUUCCGGCUUUGAGGAUUCAACACCCGGUUCAGAGUCUACUCUCUUGGAAUUUCCAGUCCACGUCGAACUGUUUCCCUACAGUAGUAGUGCUGAGAAUUCCGUCCUAAAGGUGGAACUGCCACCCAACCGACGCCACCAAAGGGACGAUGGAUCUGUCCUGUUGUAUUGGGGCAGCUGGGUCGAAUACGAGGAGCUCAAGGAGGGAUUAUUCAGCAAGAUUCCUGCCAAAUAUCGACACUGGCAUUGUUUCUACUCUGAUCGGGGGAAAUCCUACCGUUACUUAAAAAAGCAAGGCUAUCGUCCCAGGUGGGCCAUUCGUCCGGGAUCCACCUUGAAGCUCUAUGAGUGCAUCGUGUUUCUUCAGUUUCCCAUUGAAGGAAAACAAGAAAGAUUUCGAAUGGGAGUGACGCAAUUCGAAUCGGUCAGAGAGUUCAAGAAAAGGAUUCGAAUGAGAAAACGACUCCGUAUGCCCUCGCUACGUAUUCGACAACUGGUGUUGCUCCAUGACGGUCAAGAAUUGCAGGAUGAUCAGCUGAUUGGGUCCUACAGUUCCAUUGUCCAUGGAUCCAUCAUUGAUAUCAUACGACUUGUGCCCACUGCUAGAAUCUGUAGCAUUGUUCAAAAGCUUGGCACUGGGAUUGCUUUUCAAACUUGUACCAGGAUCCCCCGGGUGGAGCACCGAGGAAUCACACUGUCACAACUGUCACAGGUGGCCAUGCAGAUCCAUCUCAGAUGCAUUCCAGAGAAGUGGACCAGCACCAAUCCGGCUAGGAAAGGAGAGCAACUACAGCCACAUGAGGUUACCCUCUACGAUCUCGUGGAGUACUACAUCAAACCCACUACCCGUGAGCUAAAUUGUAGCUAUGUGGAAGCCGUCGCGGAAGAUGAUCAACAGAUCGGACGCUACAUGGUCAGCCAUUGGUGGGGCGAACCGGUCUUUCGAAUGAUUUCUUGUCUCAACAGGCACAGUCGGGACCGAAAUCUGGGACGAGACACACCCUACUGGAUAUGCGCCUAUGCGCUGUGUCAACAUGAUGUCUCGGGCGAACUUGGUACCAGUCCCCAGGACAGCCCCUUUUUCAAGGCAAUGACCAUAGCAGAGGGUGCCGUAUCGGUGUUGGAUGAGCAAUGUGUGUGCUAUAAUCGCGUCUGGUGCGCCUAUGAAGUUUCUUUGGCAUUGAAGGAUCUUGUCAGAGUCAAAGCUGAAAAGGGAGGCAACUACCUCUACGAUGUAUAUAGCAUCAAUGAACAAGGGCUAGCGGUUGGCCUUACGGACGGGCUCGCGCAGAUAGACACUGGGAAGAAAGGAAAUACAAAGUAUGCUCCCGACACAGAUGAGAGCUCCUGCUCGGAUGACAGCACCGAUAGCAGUUCCGACGACAGUAGCAGCGAAGACGAAGGUGCAGCAGCAAGGCGCCAACGCCUCCAUGAGACUCAGAAAGAAUCGCGACAAAAGUGCUUUCCUUUGGAAGUCAGCGCAAAAGCCCUGAAUGUCAAAAUUGAAAAGGCAGAAGCAUCCCGCAGAGAAGACAGAAAGUCGAUUCUUCACUGCGUUUGCGGCAGGAAUCAUGAUUCGCCGGAUGACCCACCAGCCACCCACGAAGCCUAUGAAAAUGUCAACAAUCUACUUCGUGGCAAGUUUGCCGCUUCCACCUAUCGACUCGCCCUCGAGCAAGGCUUGGACAUGCAACCAUUCCGCACUGCUCUCGCCAACAGCCCUCUGACAAGCGUUGUGGCAUCCUUCCGCCGUUGCCACUGUGCGGGUGUCAUCAAAGAGGCCCAGCAUUUUGCUGCGAGUAUACCACUGACCGUGGAGAAUCUAAAGCUGGAUUACGCCAACGUCGGCUUUAGCUCCUCAGAUGAGUUUGCCCUUGGUCUUGGUCGCCUCCAGCAGCUAAAGUCGUUCACUCUUUACUUUCGACAUGGCGAGCAUUGGACAGGCCACUCGGCAUCUGAAGAUGCUUGCACAGAUAUCAAGUCGCUUUGGUCGGAAUUAGGAAGAUUGCCUUUGCUCGAAAGUGUUACGAUGGAUCUAUCGCAGAAUUGUCGCUUAGAAGCAGCUGAUGGUCUUGCGGACUGGCUGCUGCUAGAGGAACGAGUGCAUCUUACAACAUUGGAUCUCUCAAUGUCGAGCUGUGCGCUACCCGACAAGACGGUACUGCAAGUUUUCCGCAGUCUCAUGUUGCUUUAUGAGAGCAGAAACACAAGCAACCCUUUGUCUUUGCGACUGUAUUUCGGUAAGCACCCUCUUGCAGUGGCGCUCUUUAUGAAAUAUUCGCGCUUGAAUGAUUUUGUGUGGUCCGAGAGCUAUCGUUACAUCAAGACUCUGGAUGAACUUGACGAAUCGGUAACUUCAGGACAAACGGCGGAACGAUUGGUGAACCUGAGAGUCGAUGACGCUUUGGAUGAACGGGAAUUUCUGCUCUACAACCUGGAAGUCCGACGCCAUAAUAGUGGCGGGGGCGACCCAUCAGAGGAACUUUUGGAAGAACGGGAGAAGUCCUUUGCAUUUCGCAAGCGGUUCGAGGCCCGUUAUCGACCCGAACUGGAAAGACUACGCAAGGAUGUCUCGGACCCCGUGCAACACGUUUGUGAGGUUGCCUUGAUCGACUUCAAAGCUAUGCUAGUUUCGUUUCUGUCGGAGGAGGGCCAAGACGAAGAGCCCUAGCUAGCCGGAGAACCGGAAAUGACACUUCAUUCAGAGCUGUCUCAAGUUGGUCUCUGGAGGAGGCGCAAUGAGGAGCUCAGCAAAAUUCCUUGGACUGAGAGCGCAAUGCUCGACUAACGACCCAACUAAUACAUGGAUUGGUUGGCUAGCCCGAACUUGAGUGUUUGUUAUUAAGUAGUAGUUUUAGUAACUGUUUUACUCCAUCA